GGUGAGCGGUGGAGCUGCUGCCACACUUGCUGCUUGUCACGUGCUCUCCGACUUUGAUCGUGGGGAUUAAUUAGUCACACAUUGCUGUCAGCACGACAGUGACAGUGACACGAUUGAGGAGAAGGUCGGAGAAAGAGCCUUGGCCUACCCUGUGGGUGUGUCUACACUGACAUGAAACACGAGAGGCAGUGCGUGAGAUGGUGUCAAGCGUGUCUGCGAGGAGGAAACCACGUGACACACACCCACCCAGCAGGCAAAUGGCGCGCGUGACUCGCACGCGGUUCGUUAUGUCACGUCACCUGAUUGCUGGCUUUCACGUGCACACGAUAUAGUACAUGUACUGACAACAAUGUCAGAAGACAGCAGUUCGGGUACCGGAGACCCCAGCCCCGUCACGUGACUGAGCAGACGUAAGGGUUUGACAGGGCUGACCAGCGUGACGCUGACCACUGACUGCCGCGAGAAUGCACGAGACUCGUUAACCUGGCAAGUGUGUGUGUGGGAGGAGAGGGGGCUGCGGUUCCGCUUUGGGUAGACGGGAGGAGAGCGGGUGCACGGCUGGCGGCGAGUGUACAGCACAGCACCGAGUCCAGCAGCCGGCACGCGCGGCGCGUGGUGUUCAUGGAUGACUGACGUUGGUGUCCACUACUCCAAUCCACGUGCAGUCGCCCUCCUCUCCUCCUCCUCUCCGUCACUCAGCGGGUGAAGGCCACCAUGGCGACACAUGAAGGAAGGCGACUGUUACAGUGAGGUGGCGCUGCUAGUCAAGGAAGUGAGGUAUGUGCUAGGCUGGCUAAGCUGGCGAGGCUAGGAAGUCAGUGCGCGAGCUGCACUAGGAGGCCGGCGCCAGCUCCGUGUGCACGCAGUUGGCGGUGUGCGAGAGGCAGAAGGCGAAGAGAGCUGCGGCUGGUUGCUCGCACCCCUCCCACAUUCCUCCCACAACCCUCCCACUACUCUCACUCUGCUCGCCUCCAGGUGCUUGUGCCGGUUGGCACGCACUCAGGCGUGACGGUGCUUACAUGACCUGAGGGCGAGGACAAACCCUUGGGUCGUCACCGCCAGGCCAGCUGCAAGCUACUUGAGGAAAGUGGUUCAUCGGGCCGGCAGGGAGUCAGUUCGCCAGUGGCUUCGCAUCAGCGAGGCAGGAAGCACGGAGGCAGGGAGGAAGAAAAGGCCGCCAGUGGCUCGCGUCUUGUGCUCCGCCAGACCUGAGGCUACACCUGCAACAAACAGGGCGGCCAGGGUGCCAGGCUGUUGUUUAUUUAUUGUUGUGGUGUCGCAACAGGCUGGGCACGAGUACCGCUGGCUACCCUGUCUGUGGCCAUGCGCGGCGGGCAGCAGAGGCAACCACGCCGACUGGGCAUCUUCCGGUCACGACACCAGUCACGUGGCCAGUAGCUUGUCACACGUUACCUGUCACCUUAACCUAUGUUACCUAUCCGUACCGGAUCUGUUAAACAACAACAACCAACCAACCAACAAAUAAAACAACGGCUAGUGGUGUGGAACUGUUCCAACGUCGGACACAUCGAGACCUUCACCACCACACGCCAUUGCACUGGUCACGGACGCUCAUGGAUUACCUCCCCUCUCCGGCCACUUCUCCUGUGAUCACGCUCGCCAGCCCAGGUGUGGGUGGGUGACUCACGGGAGGACACUGCUGCCCCCUGGUGGAAUGCUGAGGACGGCGAGGUGCUGCUGCAGCUGCUGAACAGGUUCCUGGUGCUGCUCAGCCGCAAGGGGAGAGUACUCUACGUCUCGCGCAACGUGCAGGAGCAUCUAGGCGUGCCGCAGGUAUGGAUGGUGGGGCGCUGGCUGGCGGAGUUUAUUCACCCUGACGACGUCAAGAUCCUGCAGCAGCAGCUGAACUUGUCUGCCAGCUCGCCUAUAGGACCGCAGCCAGAGCAUUCAGGCGGAUACGUCAAGACAACCAGAGAUUUUCAUCUGCGCAUGCGUCACUUUCCUAAUGGAGCAGGUGCAAGGCGAAAGCCGGGCAACUUUUUGGUGGUGCGGUGGACGGGGCAGGUGAGGACGAGGCGGGGGGGACGGGCCCAUGGCUUGGUUUGCCUGUGUCACCCCGUGCAGUCCCACACCCUGCUGGAGCUGCGCCUGGGCGGCAGCAUGUUCAUCAGCAGACACGACAUGCGCAUGACCUUCACCUACUGCGACCCCAGAGUCUUGUAUCUGAUUGGCUACGAUCCAGAGAACCUGAUUGGACACACAGUCUACACCUUCCACAACCCCGUGGACCUCAAGAAGUGCACCUCGUGCCACAACGAUCUGAUUCAGACCGGCACAGGGGUCAGCCAGUGCUACCGCUUCCUGGGCCGCACAGGGGUGUGGGUGUGGAUGCAGACCAAGGCCACCAUCGUCACCGACACACGACAAAAGCCUCAGUACGUCGUCUGCAACAACUACAUCCUCAGCCAGAAGGAAGGUGAGCGGCGUCACAAGAUGGAGCUGCAGCAGUAUCACCUGCCUCUUGACCUGACGGCGCCCGGUGCUAUCGACCUGAGUCACGUGACCAGCCCCGCCUCCAGCCUGGCGGACGACGACACCGGCUACAGUACCGCCGUCAGCAGCAUCGGCAGCAGCUCCACCUCCCCCAGCCCUCAGGGCACCACACCCGCCUGCGGCGUCGACCCUGACCCCCUGAUGUCAGAAGGAGUCUUGACACUGGGCCAGGACCUGACGGACAUGUCAUGCGCUCCAGUUGAGGAAGAGUUCUCGCCUUUGGGCAUGGCACGUGUGACGGAGGGGAGAGAGUCCGGCAGGGGGCAGGACCACCUGCUGGGAUCUGACCUGCCCCUGUCCAUUACCUGCUCGGCCCUGCCCUUUGGUGCUGACGUCACGGUAUGUGGCGAGCAGCUGACCUGUGACGACACGGACCCCUUUCUCUACAGCGACACGGCCGUGGGCUGCGGGGACGGCGUGAUGGAGGACAUGGAGCUGCUAGAGGACCUGCUGGAGAAGAUCAGUGACUGCGAUAAGACAGAUUGCACUCAGCAAGACCUCGCUGUCACGUCACUGAGGCCCAGCCCCUCUGUCGCCGAUGUGACGUCGUUGGAGGGCAAGCCCCCGUCACUACUGCGGACAUUGCUGGACAAGGAGGGUCAGGCGCUUGCCGAGCGUCCGGCCUCCACCGAUGCUGUGAUCUCCACCACCACCACCACUUUCACCUCCAGAGUAGUAUGUGGGGCACGGCCACUUGCUGCUGCUGGUGUAAAAGGCAAGCAGGCGGAACUUUCAGCCUCCACCAAGUCGUUGGCGGAGGACGGACGACGGGGAAGUCUGAGCGACAGCGACAACAGCACAGAGUGCGCCUCGCUAGCGGCCUUACCUGACGAUCUGCUGGAUCUGGCCAUGCAGUACUGUGACGACAUUCCCGACAUGGACUCUCCCAUGCCCGAUGCCCUGCCCUGCCUCGAGUCGGACGCUUGGGGCUCCGCCAUGGAGGACCUCAUUCCGGACACUCCCGAGCCUGUGACGUCACCAUCCUCGGGCAAAACUCUGGUCCCGGUGACUGACAAGGUGACGUCUGUGGUGGUGGUAGUGGAACAGAGCAAACAGGGCUUGGGGACGCACAAACUCGGGAUUGGUUUAGAGGUAAAAGAUGGUGAUGACUUGGGUCCUAUCAGCUCCAAACCGCCAGCCGUUAUACAGUCAGCCGUGGUGAGUAGUACUCAGCACGCAGCGGACAAAGCUCGAGGAGAGGGAGAGGGGACAGGCAAGAGGGUGACGAUCCUCCCGACGGUGUUUACCAAAUGUGCGACCACGGCGGUGAGUGUCGGUGGUGUGGUUCGCGAGUCGGCAGAGACGAGUCAGACGCUGAGCCCUGUGCUGUCUGACCACCAGUACUCCACUGCCCGAGCCCCGUCGCCCAAGUGCGGGGCAGCAGUCGCGUGCGGCAAGCGUGCGUGUCCACAACUGAGCAAACCCGGGCUGGGCCCACACACGGUCCGCACACAGCAGCUGCAGCAGCAACAGCCCGCCCUCAAGAUCGUUCGCAAGUCGCCGCACUCGGCUGGAGACAGAGAGACCGCCUCGGCGCAUGUCUCGGCGAAAGCGACUUCUAGCCAGAAACAGCAGCGCCCCCCAAACAUCACCGUGCAGGUCUCCGUUCCGGUCAACGGCGGUGGAAAGCCAUUGACAGCCAUGUCUGAACUAGAGAAACACCUGCGAGGGCUGGUGGCGCCCCCUUUGGAGAGGAACAAGGACAGCGAUGGGACGGACGACGAGAUGUGUGAGGACGGCCGGCCAGCCAGACCGUUUCUGGAGCGGCUGCUGACGGGGGAGAUGUCCCACGAGCGGUAUCGCCAGAUCGACUACCAGCUGCUGUACCAGGAGCGCGAGAGGCGCAUGUCCGAGACCUCGGCCACCGGGCACUGCAGCAGCUGACCGCGGGCCCUCGUCUAGACUCUCGCGACAACACGUGCAGCACGACGCCUGGCGGCUGGUCUCAAGUCUGCCUGGUGGUACGGAGGGCUGCAGACAUUCCAUCACACAAGCUCGUGACAGGAUUAUUGUGUGACUGUGCGUAACUGCUCUUUUUAUCGUCAGCACUUCUGCACUUUGCAUAGCUGCUUGGAAUGACAGUCAGUAGAGACAUGACACUGACAGCCGUGCACAUGGCACUGACAGCCGUGCACAUAAACGAAAUGAAGGUGAAGCAGGGAGGCACGAUGCUAUAAAUACUGUUACAUUAUCUCCACACAGUCUCACAGCAGUUCCUAACCAGCUUGCAAUAAGCAGGUCACAAAACCUGUUUGUCCGGAGGCGGUGUGGUGGUGGGCGUUGUGGUGGGGAGGUGGCGUGUGGUGGGGAGGUGGCGGUGUGUUUGGUGGCGUGUGGUGUGUUGCUUUUGUCAGUUGCAAUCUCUUUCACACGGAGUUCAUUAACGGAGUUCCUGGGGGUCAGGUCAGGAGCCAGACAAGCAAUCGCUUGUUACUAUGGCAACUAACAGGCGGACACCGUAGCACCGGAGGUUUUACAAAAAUAGAUUACACUUGUUACAUUUCAUGAUUCAUAACAUAGCCGGGAUCGGAGGAGGUGGGAGGUGGGAGGCAGGAAUUCGUUGAGUGGAACCUGUUUCUUUGCGGUAAUUGUAUUUUGUUGUUUAGUGAUAAGCUUCGGAAGCAUUUCCGCCUAAGCUGCAGGAAGAUUUCACACACUGUUGGAUGUGACGGACAGUUCGGUCGUUAGGAGCAGUGUGCGCAUCCUCCUGACAGGUGGGGCAUCUGGGAGAUUUCGCACGUCGCUGUUGCGCUCUGUCCUCCUGUUUGAUUUGUGACAGACCCUCCAGACAACAGCAUUUAGAGCAGCGCUGGGUGAAAUGCGCCAUGAGAGCAAAAUCUCUUAAUUCUGUUGUUGAAGUCUUGAGACAUAUUUGGCCCCCAGAGGGCGAGGUGUUGAAUCUCGUGUCUUCACGUGCCGUAACCCCUCCCGCCCUUUCUAUUCACCUUGCUGUGUCCGCCUUCUGUCCUCCAUCGCCCCUCCUCCAGUAGCUGACCAGAUGCAUGGUGGAGUGGAGGGUGAGCCAGGCAGUUGUUUUGAUGGAGAGCAGACCGCGUGUCGUCAGUUGGUUAAGAUGGAAGUCAGGGCCACCUUUGGCUGGUACUUCGCCACGUGGUCAAGUGUCCUGCAGACGUCAUGACGUCACGUAAGAGCAGGAUCACGUGAGCCGAUGGCCCCUCCCCCAACACUUGUUGUCAAAGGUGCAACUGAUUUAGAGAAGGUAGGAGGAGGACGUUUUCGUAGAACCAGUGACAACAAGAUGCCGUGUCCAUGUUGAUCUGUUCACUCGCUGUCUCUCUUGAACAUCUAGCUUGCGCGCACGCACGCACCUACACCCUCUCACACACAUUUUCGCAGCUUUCGACAUAGAAGGGGGAGAGAGAUUCCAGGAAUGGGACUACUUUUGUGCUGGAACAGGUGUGUGUGUGUGUGAAAAGUAGGACAUUACAGAUUUCUAAUUUCUUGUUUUCCUCAACCUUAAGGGUGAUAUUUAUCUCUUCAGACGAAAAAAAAGUAUACGUAGUUAUGCAACAAAUAUUGUGAUAUGUUGUUACACCUGUGUGGUUAGUUCAUAUAUAUAUAUAUCAUUGUUGUUCUUCAUCAGAAUUUUGUGAUGUCGACUUCCAGACUUGUAUGUGUUAGUACAAUGCUUGGUGUGUCGCCAUGACCUGAGAGUAGGUCCUGUCUUUCGUAAAUCGUAAGGUGCUGUCCCCUCGGCCAUAGCUAACACUGUGUGACCAUGUCCCCCUUGUCGGGCUUGCCUUGCAUUGCCAUGUAGGCCAACAUUCUUGCCACUCAUCCUCACGUCCAAGCAAAGAGGUGCUUCCCCUGUGCGGGGGAACAAAGUUGUAGAAACGGUCGGUCUCAGGUUGUUCUUUGAUCGGUCGGAAACCCAGUAUUCUUGCCACAUAAUUCUGUAAUCCGCGAUAAACGGCUGGUCUACACGUACAAUGCUCCCCCCUUCUUGCACUCUCAGACAUGUCACGUGUCACGUGACUCUAAGUUAGUGUCACGCCACUCCAGGUUAGUGUCAUGCAUGCCCCGUUCCCAUAGUAGUGAUAACCGAGUCAGUGGGGCGUGCAGUCCAGUCUCACCAAUCUUGAGGGGAGGGUUGCUGGGUAGAAGACAGAUGGCAUCAAGCGAGCGGAAUGUGUCGGUUGACUUCAGAGCAGAGCACCGUAAGACCAAACCAUUGCGGAAGGUCGUUAGAUGACCGGUCAGAGUUCACUUGACGUCAUUUCUCUGAGGGGUCAGAGGUUAUGAACGGGUGGAAGAGGAUUUUGCUCUUGCAGUUGCUCCUUCGGAGUCUACAAGUAGUCUGUUGCAUUAUUUACAUAAUGUCAUAAUUUUGACAAUAAGAAAACUAAGAUAAGUGACUUUACUUAUCAUCAGAAGAGCUACGUCAAUAUGUAAACUAACAAUGAUAAUUAAGAUUAGUGACUUGUCUUUGUGAGUGUCAUACUCACUUGUCAAGUUAAAGGAAAGAUGACAUUUCAGAAACAGGUAAUCAGUCUUUAAGUGUUGUGUCCUAUAAAACAGACUGCGGCAUCUUACACACCCUCCUUCUCUCUCUCUCAGGAACAUCGCAUAAGUUAAAUGUCUUUAUCCAGGUUGCCGUGUGUGCAGUGCGUGUGCAUGCGCGUGCGCGCAUAUGUUUGUGUACGUGUUGUUGUACACAAGAUAUUGUAAAUUCUGUGCGUAUUCCGAUCACCUAGCUUACGGACUUUGGCACCGUGCUGCGACGACCUAAGUAUGGCAGACAAUGAGCAUCAAAAGCCAGAAUUGUGUCAUCAGGAAGUGGAUGAAAAGUUUGUGACGAUGGCACGUGACUUCAGAGAAGUUUGUGUCAGCGUGCAGUUUGUGGCGUGUCGUAGAAUACAGACUUAUAGCAGGUUGGAGUGAGUAGUGUAUAGCGAACCUCACCGGAAAUUGAGCAGUGGCAGCUGAUCAUGACAUCGCUUAUUUUUGCGUUUUGCCAAAAAGCAAGGGUCACGUGACACACGUGAUCAUGACGACGAUGCCUCCUCGCUUUGCGAGGAUUUCGGGAGGGAGGAGUUUUGUGCAUGCUAGACAGUCGUAGAAUGUUUCUACUCGAUUUUUCUUAGAACUGAUUGUGUUACAAGCGUCAGUCUCCACACAGGUUAUGCCGGCAUUGUUGAUGGUCAUAAUAAACAGUUUCAUUGCUUC